AGAUUACAUGCUAUGUCAACAAUUCUGCGUAGACUGAUUUUUGAUAAGUAGAAAGAGAUGUUUACUAAAUUAGGGAUGUCAAGACUGCUACGACUCAUAUAGAGACUAAGUAGUGUUGGUUGCUUUGUCUAUAGGCCUAUGGUACUUGUAUCAGUUUUGUUGCAACAAUGGUACUGAAUAAAUUAGCUUUGGCUGACCUUUCUCGACAUCUCGUGUAGAAUCAAGCGGAAACUUACCAAACAGUUUGGUGUUUAGGGUUGAGCAGAGUGAGUCUGGUGGUGUUUCUUUCGAGUCAAGAUAGUCUCUAUCGAUUCAUAUUGCUACACCAAACAUAUAUUUUUGAACUUUUCUGCUAUAAGAAUUAAAAAGUGUCCGCGAGAAGAAGAUGAUUUCGGUUACAGCUCUCUGUUUUUAUGGCUCCAUGUUUUGUUUUUCUUCAAAAAUAUUUUCAUAAAACGUUAAACUAAGGAAGCAUCUUAUGUAAGAAAGGUUUUUUGGUGAAUAUAAUUUUACAUAAAAGAAAAAGUGUUUGCAUUGAAGAAUUUAUGUACACUAGUUGUUUCCGUUGCCAUAAAAAAUGCUUGCAUUCCUGGAAUUCCAAAACUUUGGAAGUUGAAUACUUCUGUGAUCGAAAAUAGAAGAAGCAAAAGCAUUAUGAUUAUGGUUAUUAAAAGAUAUAGAAGAAGCAAAAGCACUUCUAUAGACUAAAAUAUAAAUGACAAAGUCAUUGCAUCUGUACUUGGUCUUUUACUUCUAGGAAUAUGUCUGCAAAUAGUAACUAAAACCCAUUUGCUCAACUAGGCAAAACCCUAACUUCGUCAAAGUCAAUCCCCAAAACCCAUUGCGUUUGGCUAUAAACACACAAACGCAAGUUUCCUAGAUUCCCAGAACUCAAGAAAUAUGAUGGGACAUAAUCAACCAAUACAGUCCAAUCCACAAGAACAAUUUGUGCAAAUACCGCUCAAUAUCGAGCACCGCCUAACCACACCGAUCAGCUUAACCAGUGAAUCGAAUCAGAGACGUAACAAGUGGGUUACCAUCAUCAUAUGCACCAUCUUGGCCGUAACAGGUCAAUGCAUCGCUAGACUCCUCGAGAACUAUUACUUCCUCCACAGAAACUUGAGCCGCCACCGCGGUAUCUUGACUCAACCACUUCUCCAGGUCGUCGGAUUCCCCAUCCUCAUCUUCCCUUUCCUUCUCCACUUCCUCAUCAAGAAACAGAAACAACUUCUCAUUUUCUCCGGUGGAACCUCCUUCAAGCAAUUAGCCAUAACUUACUCUUGUCUCUGCAUCUACAUGUUUUGUCAAGCAUUUUUCUUCAACGUUAGAAACCAGAUACCCUUUAGAGUUUUCACUCUCAUCUACACGACGCAGCUCUUAUUCACCCUGAUUUUAUCCACGUGUUACAACAAAAUCAAAUUCAAUAGAUGGAUGAUUAUCUCUCUCAUCUUAGCCGUCCUCGCUGGCGCUUUCACUCUCUACACUUUCUCCGCCGGGUCACCCAUCUACGACAGCUGGACGAAAUCCAACAAAUGGGGAACUAUCUAUGUGGCUUUAUGCGCUGCCGCCUUUUUCUCCUUCCUCCUCUGCGUUAUCAGGCAGGUAUUCGAGGAAGUUAUCUCUAUUUGCAACACAUCCACCAACAGAAAACAACCCAGUUUCGUCGUCGUUCUUGAGUUGAUCAUCUUCUUGUCUCUCGUCACCACCAUCAUCUUAGUAGCAGCCAUUCUCAUCUCCGGUGAACAUCACAAUAUGAAGAAAGAGAUGGAUAGGUUCACGAAGGGAGAGAUUGCCUACGUGAGGACUAUGGUGGGUCAAGCCGUUGCAUGGCAGAUAUACUGGGUCGGGAUCGUGGGGCUCGUGUUCGCCGUCUCGGCAGUGUUCUCGAACGUGAUCAGCGUCUGUACGUGGCCGAUCGUGUCGCUUCUCGUGGUUUGUUUUUAUGACAAGUACGAUCAUUUCGAUGUCUUCAGAGGAAUCGCCUUAGGCGCCGCUGCUCUUAGCGUCGCCUGUUAUAUCUAUAUAAUCCACAAAGAGAAGAGCGACGGUGAUGACCAAUCCACAAGCUAAUCAAACUAUGGAAUUUGGAAUUUUCUUGAUAAAAAAAUCUUAAUUAAAUUGUUAUGAGAAGUUUGUGGCUAACGACUUUUUCCAAUACGUUCAGACUUUUGUUGAU